GGGCCUGAAGCCUGUGGUUGGUUUGAGCCCCGAAAGUCAGAACCUACAUAUGAUCUGAAAUAGCUUUUCUUAGUUUCUACAUCAGCAAAUAACACCCUCUAAAAGAUUUGUUUCUAGACUCGAGAGGUGACAGGGAAAAGUUAAGUAAGACAUAAGGUGGUACAAUGAAGGGGGAAAUCAAACUAGGCUGUUGAACAAGUGGACAACGUGGUACUGCACGAAACCUUGAUUUACACCGUUUGUCAAAGAGAAAAAAGGGCUUUAACUACCCCCCCUUUUCCUAUAACAAAUACAAUGAAAAUAAUUCAGUCUUGCGGUCUGCCUGGGUUUUUAUUUAGUAUUUUAUUAGUCUAUAAAUUAAAUGAAGUGUAACUAACAAUGUAGUUCUUUGAUUUAAAGCUAUUUUUCUCACUCCACUAUAUUUAUUUCUUUUAAAUGGAAAUGUCUUUCCCCCUUCACUGCAUUUACUGGAUAUUUUCAGAUUUUAAAUUUAAACAAAAUAUUGUAAUCUAUAAAUCAAGCGUCUGUUGCUUACCCAAUGCACUAUCCUAGAAUAUAAAAUGGUUCAGACUUUGACUUUAUAGACACCUGUCUGCACAUCAGCAUUAUCAGUUUACUGUUCCCAAAUCGUGUGUGUGUGCUUGUGUGCGUGCGUGCUUGUUUGAUUGUGUUUUGGUUGGUUGUUAAAAUGUAGUUUGUAAACCUGAGCAUGCGCAGUGGAACGGAACUGUCCUCCACGUUUCCCGGGGUAACCGUCAACAAAUUAGCUAAAUCCGUGUGCCUUUCGGCUUCACCGAGUAUGAGUAGCUGUAUAGUGUGUAAUGAGUAGUUCACACCCAGCAUAAGGGUCCUUUAUCAUAGAUACUAGCUCCGACUAAGCACCGGGAGCCCGGCGGCUUGCGAACGUUACUUUAUCACGGUGCAUUGAGCGAACACUCGCUUAGUUAGCAUGCUAAUGUGGAUGAGCGCGUUCAGAGUAGAGCGUUCACAAUGACGACUCAGUUCAGCUCUCUGGUUUACACGAAGAGCCCCAACACAUCGAGGAGGAGAACAACGUUUCAGGACGAACUCCAAGCCGCGGUCUCCGCCAGGGCGAGCAGAGCCGAAACGGAUCGAUGUUCGUACUCCGAUGACUUCGAUGAAGAUGAAGACGAUUUUUUGAACGAGCUCCUCAAAUCGAGAAGGAAGAAGAAGAGGGCCGGCGCCAGCAAGGCCACGAAGGGUGAACCCCAUAUCAUCAAAGACUUUGAGAUCUCAGAUGACGAGGGCCAGCCCGGCAGGACGAAGAGGGUUUCGUUCCUGAAAACCCAGAAAAUCGUCUCUCCCUUAGACGGCGACGUAUCAGAGUCCCGCGAAAACGAGCCGCCCGGCCCCUCUGCCGGUCCGCGCAGCAAUGCAGAUGACUCCUCGUCCUCGCCGCGCUCCGCGUUGUCCGCCGAUCCCCAGGUCGCGAAAGGGAGCUCAAGUAAAUCCCUGUCGUACCACACUUCAGACAACUCCCUGCUGGACGGGCCGUUGCCCGUACCAUCUGACAACAGUGUGGCGGAGACCCCAGGUCCCGAGGACAAGGGGAACCCUGUCCCAGAGGACAGCUCCCAUGCUCCGCGGGUACCAGCAGAUUCCGACAGGGAGCCACCCAGACCCAAACCAAGGCAGAGGACUCUCGGACUGAGCCUUCGCGCCGUGGAGGAGACCGCCGAAGACGCUGCAUCUCCGGAUCUUGGCCGGCCCCAGACGUCCUCCGCAUCCAUCCCCCUCUCCUCUGACGCCUCCAGCAACGUCGCUUGGACAGAAGGAAGCCCCGCGGUUUCAUGCGGCCUCAGCAAAUCCCCUUUGAGUCCGAGUGAGCAGUCGCAGCUCCUCACCAAGACCACAGUCGAUUCCCGAUCCAGAGAUGGCUUAAUUUCCGGUGACAGCCAGGAGCAGGGGACAAAGUACUCCACAUUGUUUGAAGAGUUCAACGCCGACUUGGGAGGGCACUCACAGCAGCUCUCCGGUGUCCACCAAAAAUCUUCUGACAGGACAUCCAGUUCUCAUACCGCCCGGAGAUCGCACAGUGUGUGCUCCGGGAAAGUGGAGUCAAGGUACCUGGGAACUCUCCAACUCCUGGACCGUAAAGUCCCGCUACAAGGGUCUCGAGCAGCGGAUUCCCUCAGAGCCGCCGUGUACCAGGAAUGGCUUCAGAAGAAAAAGGAAAAGUCAAGAGAAAACAUGCAGAUAAAGAAGAAGGAGGAGGGAGCUCUAAGAGAAAAGAAUAAAAGGGAAGAAGAGGCUAAAAAGGAAGAUUCUGUCUCAUCAUACGAGGCCUGGAAAGAAAAGAAGGCAGAGAGUCUCAAGGCAAGAGCCAAGGAAAAGCAGGACGCGCUCAGAAAAGUGCAACGAGCGACUGAAGAGAGCGAAGAAAAGAAGCUCUCUGCCAAACAGGUGUUCGAACAAUGGAAAAGGGAGCACGACCAUCUCCUCAAAAAAAAGGCCAGAAGGCAAAGAGAGGCUGAAAACAAGCUGCGGUUCAGCAAGCAGGAGAAAGAGGAGGAAAGAAAGAGAGGCAGCACAUCUGCCUUUUCUAACUGGAGUGAAAAGAAGACUGUUGUUAUCCAUGAAAAAGUGACUACAGAGCGCAAAGAGACCCAAAAUAAAGCCGAGGAGGAGCGCUACAUGAAGGAGGAGAGGGAUAAAAUGGCUUUGGAGAUGUAUGAAAGCUGGCUGGUAAGGAAAGAUCUGGAACAGAAGAGACAAAGAGAAGAAAGACGAAUACAAGCGAUCCUCCAAGACGGGCCCCCUCCUCCGUGGAGCCCGCCCAAUAAAACCAUACCUUUUAGGAAAUAACUUGAAGUGCAACAUGCCACCCUUAAGAUAUCUGGAGGGUUCUGUCUUACAUUUCACAUUUCUGAUUUUAAACAUAGCUGAUGGCAGCUGCUGAAUGUUACAGACAUAUUUUGUACAUGUUAGAGGUUUUGUGUUGGCCAGCAUCUCUGGUGCAAUUUUUUUAUUUGUAUGUUUUAUUUUUAUUUUUAGUGGAACUUUGCAGUAUGUUAAGAAAGUUGCAACAGGUUCCUUUGACAUGAUAUGUCGGUGUCCAAGGAAACCCGCAGGAACCAAAACCCUUUUUACAUUUAUUUUUUAAAUGCUGUGAUCUGUUUUUGCCAUGUUAAACAGUAAAGCAACAAUAAGAAAACCAUAUUGAUAUAAAAAGCUAAUAUAUUUGGUCUGCAGAUUCCUCUUCUGUUAUAGUAGGUGUCUAGUAUAGUUUUAACUGCUUUUGAUAUCCAAGUGGAUUUUUUUGGGGUCACAUUCUUAGAAACUGAUCUGUAAAACACGCUGCCCUUAUUUUAUGUGGAACAUUAUUUAAUUGUUUGUUUUAAUUUAAAGUGCAGGGAAUGUUUUGCUCGUCCUUUUUUAAGGUUGUUAUUCAUUUCGGUUUCAUUGAUCUUCGAAAACAUUUACUUUUGACUACAAUUCUUAAAGGAUGUCUUUAAUGAUGCAACAACACUCACUAUAAACCGUACACUGAUUUCUAUAGAGAGAAGCAUCUUGGACCUUAAACUCAUAACAGUGAAAUCUUAUUGUCUUAAUGAAAGAGGGCUGUUUUAUUAUAGUUUGAAUGCUUCAGCAGUCCAACUAUUGUUCUUCAAAUCUUUAUUAAACUUCUUCUAUUUC